CAACAGUUUGAGAUUAGCCAGAGCUCAUAGCUCUUCCUCACAGAGCCAGCAGGUAAGAUCACCUCAAUCAUUUAUUUCAGGCAAUGCAACUUGACCUUCAGCAUCAUAUUUCAACGUAUUAGCUCCAACUGAACACCUGGCAGCAUGAGAUCUUUGCUGCUGCUGCUGAGUUUGCACCUGGUCCCAUUGCCCACGUUGUGUGGCAUUAAGAGCCUAGCCAGCCAUUUUGACUUGCGAGUGACGGAUGAACCAGACACGAUACUGGAGUCUGGCGACUACUUGUUCCUGGACAGCAGCGUAACCCGCAAUCUAAUCUCGGAGGAAGAGGAAGACUAUCUGGACUGGGACCAGAUCUUGGGUGAGGAUCACGAUGACGACGACUACAUCGACGAAAUCGAUGAGAUCGAAGACGAGCUGGAAUUUGACCCGGUCGCUGAGCGGGCUGAUCCCGCCACCAAAAGGGCCCGUCUGCUCGGGCUGUUCCACGGCAAGACCCGAAUCCAGCGCCUGAACACAGUCAACACGGACUUCGCGUUUGACCUUUACAGGAGGCUCAGUAAUAGCAGCAAUCAGUACGACAACAUCCUGCUGGCUCCUGUGGGCAUCUCGACCACCUUGGCCAUGAUCUCGCUGGGGGCCGGGAGCCACACCCAUCAGCAGUUGUUCCACACCCUGGGCUUCGGAGCAUUUGUGAACGCCAGCACCAAGUACGACGUGAUAACCGUGCACAACCUCUUCCGCCGUCUCACGCACCGGCUAUUUCGGCACAAGUUCGGCUACACCCUGCACUCGGUCAACGGGCUGUUCGUACGGCAGGACACAAACCUCCUGGGCAACUUUACCGAGAACAUGAAGACCUAUUAUUUUGCUGAGGCACAACUGUCCAACUUCUCGGACCCUGGUUUGGUCACCAAACUGAACCAGCGGAUACUCAAACUCACCAAAGGGAUGAUCAGAGACUCCAUCCAGGCAAUCGACCCACGCACUCUCCUCAUGAUUCUGAACUGCCUUUACUUCAAAGGGACCUGGGAAAACAAAUUUCCCGUGGAAAAGACGUAUCGUCGUGUGUUCCGGGUGAGUGAGAAGGUGACUGUGAAAGUGCCCAUGAUGCACACCAAGGGGAACUUCCUGACGGCCGUGGAUCCUGAGCUGGAGUGUGAUAUCCUGCAGCUGCCCUAUGUGGGUAACAGCAGCAUGCUUGUCGUGUUGCCUCACAAGCUCUCUGGCAUGAAGAGCCUGGAGAAACGGCUGGUGGCUGAGGUGGUGGUGAAGUGGCAGAGCAAAAUGACCAACAGAUCCAGAGAGGUCGUGUUCCCCAAAUUCAGCCUGGCAAAACAGUACGACCUGAUGCCCUACCUGAAAGGGAUGGGAUUGACGUUACCUUUCCAAGCAGGAGCUGACUUCAGUAGGAUUUCAACCCAGGAGGAUCUCAUCAUUAACCUGCUCAAACACCAAGGAUCGAUCACAGUGAACGAGGAAGGGACGACAGCAGCUUCGUUGACAAAGGCCAGCUUCAUGCCCCUUUCCAUACAGAACGACUUUGUGGUCAACAGACCUUUCCUAUUCCUCAUCUACGAACAUCGCACAGAAUGCUUGCUCUUUAUGGGUCGUGUGAUGAACCCUGAGAGCAGCUAACCACUGAUUGUGUGUGUGCAGCAAAUUGCAUUGUAUAAAAAACACUAACACUUGUACUCUACUUCACCGUACUCUCAAGUAUAGUUAUCAAUAAGUUUUAAGCCAAAUAUUAAACCUGUGUUCCAGUUUGAAGACAAUAAAAAAGGCAAAGGAGCAAAUGAGCAAGUCACAGUCCCCACCCUCCCAGCGUGAUAUAAUUUCAGAGUUAAGAUCGGCUUGCAUUCCAGGCAGGGCCAAUGUAAUACAAAAAGCCACGAAUAAAGACUGCCAAAUACUAUACCA